AUGACACACAACAAAACUAUUACUGUUCAAAUCAUAGGCAGAUUAAAUAACCCCUUUUCAUUCUCUGUUUCAGAAAUCGAACGGGCUUACACCAACAAUUGCCGAGCAACCCAGGCCACCCAACAACCACCAGUCCUUUUUCCCGUCGUAACUCCAUCGGCCAUCAAUCCUCACACAACCUACAAACCUCUGUGCGAACCACGACCCUCCGCCACUGAAGCUCAACAACGGACCACCAUCGAACUGUUACAGCUCCCACACGUCCAUACAGAUAUCCAUUUCCGAACAGCCUCUCUCCGCCUUUACUCCCUCUACGCCCACGCCUCCACCAAUCUGAAAUCACAACCUUCCAAGCGCCCGGAUUCCGUGACCACCGAAAAUAGAGAAAGAAGAAGGAGCAAAAGAUUGGAAAAGAAAAAGAAAAAGGAUCGUGUUUUAAGAGGAGAUAAAAUCUGA